AAGGUCGAUGAAGUUUUUGAUCCAAUAAACCCUUCUUUCUUUAUUUUUUGGUCGAAAACAAUAAACCCUUCUCAAUCCCUCUCUUUAAGAGUUUGAUAUGCUUCUACUCCAAGUUCUCUUCAGAUGUUUAGAUAAUAUAUAUAAUGCUUUCUAGACCAAGUUCCCUUCAGAUAAUAUAUAGUAUACAGAAGAUCUAUUAAACUAGUUCUUUCAAAUCUUCCCUUACUUCACUACCUUCCAAAACAUUAUCUCUAUCCUUUUCCCUCUUUUGCUCUAAUCAUACGAAAGUAUGUCGCUCUGCUAACGUUUUCCAAAAUAGGCAGAGACAAAAUGGCUAUAUUUGCACUGCAUUAAUAUAAAUAUUUUCAUACCAGAACAACCACUGCAUAUAGAGCUAAAACAUGUGAUGCAACUAGGGGAAAUAAAGCUACAAUCAACUCGAACUUCAUGAGAUGACCUAAUUGUUGCCCUAAAAGCAUGAAGUUAUGUAAGCCAAAGGUGGAGUUCCCACAAACUAGUGUUGUCCACCUAGUGUACCAUCUAAGAGAUUCUCAUCACUCUUGUUCUUUCUAAAUUUCCUAAUUCUCUACCCUGCUUCUCAUAUAAAAGGGUUUUCUGUCUCAGGGUUUGUCACUCCAACAAUGGCUUAUGAAGCAGCAGCUGUGGAAGGUGAAAAACUGCGCAAAGGUCCAUGGCUAGAAGAGGAAGAUGAACGACUCACCAUGUAUGUAAGACUUAAGGGGGAUCGGAGGUGGGAUGCAUUAGCCAAGGAAUCAGGUUUAAGGAGAAGUGGUAGGAGUUGCAGGUUGCGGUGGUUGAACUAUCUCCGCCCCAAUCUUAAGCAUGGUCACAUAUCUGUCGAAGAAGAGAAAAUUAUCCUUCAACUUCAUGAACUUUGGGGUAACAAGUGGUCAAAGAUUGCAAGAGUGUUGCCAGGAAGAACUGAUAAUGAGAUCAAGAACUACUGGAGGACACAUUUAGUGAAGAAAGCACAAAUUCAAGAUGGUGAUGCUGCAUCUGCUGGAAACUUGCAAUGUACAUCGAAAAGGGCCCAACAGGGUCUUUUCUUUCAGGAUUGUGAUGAUAUGAGUGCUGAAAAAAAAUAUAACUUUGAUCAAGAUCAGGACUCAGUUGAGAAUUUAUGGGGAGCUAAGGAAACUUACUCUGAUGAUCUCUGUUUAUCGGACUUUGCCUUGCCAAGCUCUCCAUAUGAAACAUGGUUAUCAGAUUGGAUAUCUGAAUUAUCGAGUGAACAAAGUGGUAUAACAUGGAUUCCACAUCAUGAUAGUGAUGCAUGGGAUUGUUCAAGUUCCCUCUGGGACAUGAACUAACCCCACUAUAAAUUUUGAAAUCUGAUGAACCUUCAAACUGUAGUGCAUGUUACUCCAGUUUGUUCUUCCCAACUCACCAAGUGGAAUUUUGGCACAUAUGGGGACAGAGUAUGCUGGUGAAUAGCUUUGGUCAAUUCAUCUGCCUAGGAGAGAGUAAUGGGAUCUACUAAUGUAAUGCACUUCACUUAGCAAGAAGGGUCUCCUUCAACCUGUAACU